AGGCAGCCGCUGGUUUUGGUAGUCUAGAUUCACUGGUAAAUUAAAUCUCCACAGCCGUUCAAGGAUCGCUGUCUUCGCGUGGCCUGGAGCGUCGGGUGCUUUUAGUCAGGUGGCCAGCAGCAUGUCUCUCAAGCCCAAGCGCAUUGACUUUGAGUGCACCUGGGAGCAAUUGAGAGACACUGUCGCGGGCGUCAUCACCCUGGGCAAGGUUCCACGACCUGUGUGGAACGACCGCUUCUCGGAUGUCUAUGCUCUAUGUGUCGCCUUCCCUGAGCCUCUGGGAGACCGACUUUAUCUGGAGACCAAGAAGUUUCUCAAUGCCCACGUCCAGCACCUGUACGAGCUGGUGGUGUCCGGUGAUGACCUGUUGGCAGCGUACUACAAACACUGGCUCCAGUACAGCCAGGGCAUCGACUAUCUCAACAAGUUGUACAUGUACCUGAACACACAGCACAUCAAGAAGCACAAGUUGAGUGAGGCGGACCUGAGUUAUGGCUCAGUGGAGCCCACGGAACAGCUCCUCGAGGUGGGUGAGCUGGGCCUCGACCUGUGGCGGCGGAACAUGGUGCAGCCCCUGCGAGCAUCCCUGCUCACACUUCUGCUCCAGGCGCUCGCACAGGACCGCGAGGGCCGCUGCACGCAGCAGCGUGUCGUCCAGGGGGUCAUCCUCUCAUUCGUGCAGGUGGAGGAGUACAAGCGCAAGCAGCCUUUGGCUCUGUAUCAGGAGCUGUUCGAGACGCCCUUCUUAGCCGAGACUGGCAAGCACCUGCAGCGCGAGGCUCACCGGCUGCUCGAGGAGUGCGACUGCUCGGCGUACAUGGAGCGUGUGCUCCACGUGCUCGCUCAGGAGAACCUGCGUGCACACCGAUUUCUGCACCCCAGCUCCUACCCGAAGGUGACACGCGAAUGCGAGCAGCAGAUGGUGGGUGCCCACCUGGGCUUCCUGCAGCAGGAGUGUGGCCCUAUGAUGGAGGCCGAGCGGCGCACGGACUUGUCUCGCAUGUACACCCUGCUGCGGCCUCUGGGGCCCCGUGCCCUCGAGGUGCUCGUGUCGCAGCUGCAGCGGCACGUCGAGCGCGUGGGCCUCGGCCGCCUGCAGCAGGGAGACAGCGGAGGAAGCGGCGCGGCAACUGCAGCUGCCUCGUCGUCCACCACCUCGGCCGACAGCGGGGGCCAGAGCCCUGCCCAGGCCAACGCCAUCUCGCCGCAGCAUUUCGUCGAGGCGGUGCUCCAGGUGCACGCCACUUACCAGGACAUGGUGAAGGAGGUCUUUCAAGGGGACCAGCAGUUUGUAGGAGCACUGGACAAGGCAUGUGCCACCAUUAUCAACAAUCGCGGCACAACAAGGCAGCCCUGUCGGUCUCCAGAGCUGCUGGCUAAGUACUGCGAUGCGCUGCUGAAGAAAAGUGCCAAGGGCAUCUCGGAGUCGGAAGUAGAGGACAAGCUCACCCAGUCCAUCACCGUGUUCAAGUACAUUGACGACAAGGACGUCUUCCAGAAGUUUUACGCAAAGAUGCUUGCGAAGCGGUUAAUACACAGCCAGUCCAUGUCCAUGGAUGUCGAAGAGGCCAUGAUCAACAAGCUCAAGCAAGCGUGUGGCUAUGAGUUUACAAGCAAGCUGCACCGGAUGUUCACAGACAUGAGUGUGAGUGCGGACCUGAACAACAAGUUCAAUGUGUAUCUGAAAGCCGAGAACAUCGACCUGGGCAUCAAUUUCUCCAUCUAUGUUCUACAGGCUGGAGCAUGGCCCCUGGGCCAGAGUGCAGUGUCCCCCUUUGCCAUUCCCCUUGAACUGGAACGGAGCGUUCAAAAGUUUGAGCACUUCUACCAGAGCAAGUUCUCUGGGCGCAAGCUGAGCUGGCUGCAGCACCUAUGCCAGGCAGAGGUGCGGCUGUGCUACCUGCGUCGUUCAUACCUGGUCAGCCUGGGCACCUACCAGAUGGCGCUGCUGCUCCCCUUUGAGACCGCCGACUCUCUGGCCGUCCGUGACCUGCAGGAGGCCACGCGACUCGCACAGGACCAGCUGCUGCGACAACUGCAGGGCCUGCUCGACGCCCGGCUCCUGCUGUGCAAGGAGGAGGGUCCCCUGACACCAUCCACAGUCUUACACUUGAACAAGUCUUACUCGAAUAAGCGGACGAAGUUCAAGAUCUCUGCUGUAAUCCAGAAGGAAGCAGCUCAGCAAGAGCUGGAGCAGACGCACAGCUCAGUAGAUGAAGACCGCAAGCUGUACCUGCAGGCUGCUGUCGUGCGCAUCAUGAAAGCCCGCAAGGUGCUCAGGCAUAACACACUCAUUCAAGAGGUAAUCAGUCAAGCUAAGAGCCGGUUUGUGCCCAGCAUCGCCAUGAUCAAGAAGUGCAUCGAGGCUUUGAUCGACAAGCAGUACCUUGAGAGGACACCAAACUCCACCGAUGAGUACUGCUAUGUCGCCUGACGGACACAGUUUCAAUCAUUGUUUUUGGGAGAUAACCUGUACAGAAGCCACCACGCCCCGCUUAAUAAAAGUGUUCUCAGCUGCC